UUAUCGUAAGAUUUGUCCAUGCAUAUUGUCUACUCGUAGGAGUCGACCUCGGAGUUAAGGCAGGGGUGACAUUUCAAGUAUGUGUAUGCGUUAUAAUUCAACGUCGCCUGUUCAAUUGUUCUCAAUAGAAGAUCUACGAACCGUAUAAAAUCUCUUAGUCUUUUUAAAGGUACAAGCCGAAGGAUUUAAAAUUGACGAACUUAUAAAAAAUGAUAUAAAGAGAUUGGCUUCUGUCCAAAUUACCGUAAGUAUACACUUGGUAUAAGGGUAGAGUUUGUUAGUCCUGUGACAGAGACUCUACAUACAGGCCCGUACUAGUGCAACCAGCUCACAAAACGAGGCACCGUUUUUCUCUACAACAUGGCCAGUCAGGCACCAGCCCCGGAUUAGCUCUGGAACCUUUUCGUGGAUUUGUUACACUGGAAAACUUUUCUCAGGCGAAAGUUUUGAAAUCUAAUAGCUUCCAUAAGGAUCAUAAAACGUUAUUUUUUUUACGUUUCUGACCGUCAGUUGUAGUAGACCUAGGUCUACCAGAGUUUUGAUAUUUUUGGAUUUGUUGGUGGUUCCAAGCCAAACCAGCCAACAUGGGAAACGGACUCUGUGUGGAGACUGGCAGUUCUAUGACAGUGUUCGACUGGCUGGACCAUGUUCUCGGCACAGUCGGACACACCAUAGGACUCAAGUCAGUUUAUGAUGACGACUUCAUCGACCGGUUAAGUCAUUACUAUACCGUGAUUAUACUUAUAAUAUUUACUGUUAUAGUGAGUACAAACCAAUAUGUCGGGGACCCUAUUGAAUGUUGGUGCCCAGCGGACUUUACAGAAAAUCGGGUGGAAUAUACAAACUUCGUCUGCUGGGUAUCAAACACGUAUUACAUCCCGAUGCAGCAUCAGAUUCCGGUUGAAAUUGAAGGUCGCCGCCAGAAGGAGCUGACCUACUAUCAAUGGAUACCAAUGAUCUUGCUCACCAUGGCGCUUCUAUUCAAAAUCCCCAGAAUGGUCUACAAAGUGUUUUCAGCAGCUUCCGGUAUAAGUUUGGAUCGUCUUUGCACACUGGCAAAGGAAACGCAAUAUUCUAACCCGGAAGACAGGGAAAAGAAAUUAUCAUACAUCGUCAAGUAUUUGGAUCAAUGGAUCGAAGGGGUCACCCAGUACAGGGCGGGAAUGUGUGUCAGGCUACGUCAGAGGAUCGGUCAGGUUUGCUGUUUCCUGUGCGGGCGUCACUAUGGUAACUACCUCGUGACCGCAGUAAUGGCGGUAAAACUUCUAUACCUUGCUAACGCGGUAGGGCAACUCUUUCUCCUAAACGCGUUUUUGGGUACGAGUUAUAACGUUUACGGGUUCGAGGUUUUAAGCAACCUCAUAAGUGGCGAUGACUGGACUUAUUCUCCACGAUUCCCACGUGUGACCCUGUGUGACUUUGAAAUUCGACAGAUGACCAAUCUUCAACGCUGGACAGUACAGUGUGUGCUACCAAUAAAUCUCUUUAAUGAAAAAAUCUUCAUCUUCAUGUGGUUUUGGAUCGUACUAAUUGCCGCAUUGUCGGCCUUCUCCUUCGUCAUCAACAUCUACUCCGUCAUCUUUCCUCAACAUCGGCGGUCGUAUCUAAGAAAAUACUUACGACUUAAUGACAUGUACAAGAAAUCCGAAAUGGACAAGAAAGUCGUGAGAAAGUUUGUUGAAUCAUAUUUACAACAAGAUGGCGUGUUUGUGCUUCGCGCAGUCAGUAACAAUGCUAAUGACGUGAUUGCAUCAGAACUCAUCAAAUUGCUAUAUGUGAACUUUAGAGAAAAAAUGACAAAACAGAGAAACUCCGUGGAAGAACAUAGUAAUGUAUGAUAGGCUGAGCAUAAUUCGGUAUGAUUUGUAUGACCCCAUUGUACAUAUCAUAAUAUAUCCCAGAUUGAAGCAUAUUGUUAUCCUUAAACUAGAGGUUUAUGAUAAUUUGUAAAAUUCGUACAUUGAGUGUGUUAGUGACGCUAAUUACAUUAUCAGCAUUCCUAAAUUACUUUAAUCAGUAUGGUGUAAAAAUAAUAUGAGAAAAACCCUACGCAUAGCAUAUAUUGUAAACAAUUUACUGUUUAAUGAGAGGAUAUCCCCGAUUGAAAGAAACUGCCCCCACAAGUAGGGAUUAAAAGAAUGAAGACUAGACAACCUUGUAACUAAAGGAUUCCCCUUACCUUAAAGGGAAUGAGUAUGCUUAUUAAAAAUCAUGUUGAUAUUACACAGGUUACUCAAAGAAGUUGAUAUACUGUAUGCUUAAAACAAGUGAGGGUUGAAUUAACCUUUCACUUUAGGGAUUAAUAAAAAAAAAAAAAAAUCAUGUUGACAUAACACAGGUUACUCAAAGAAGUUGAUAUACUGUAUGCUUAAAACAAGUGAGGGUUGAAUUAUCCUUUCACUUUAGGGAUUACAGACGUUUAUGAAAGAGUAUCUCUACCGUAACUUUUAGAGAAUAUAUAGGUUAUUUAAGAUUGUCUUAUACAUUGAAACUACUAAAAAUACAUUCUUUAUGCCCAAAACAUUGUUAAAAUCUCCGAUAAAUUUAAUAAUUGAAACACAAAAAUGCUUUACAGUACUUUUGAAUAAUAUUUUUCAUUUGGCUUGAUACAACAAAUUCGUAGGAACUUGGAUUAAUGCAGUGCCGAUUGCUGCACCAUGGAAAUUUGUUACAAAACCUUAGGAUGAACUUUAACUUGAAAUAUUUUUAAUGUGUUCUCUUCUUUUUAAAUAAAAAGUAUUUCAUGUAAAUGCGACUAUAUAAUCAAAGUAUUUCAGAUAUAAUUAUGAUAACGAUUUUUUGUUUGUUUAUCAGUAAACAAAUUGAGCUAACUAUGAUCUUAUAGCGCAAAUAGGAAAUAGGGAGGAUAAACGUAGUUUAUACUAUUGUUCAUUGAAUCCUUCGAUAUAAACAUGACAUAUCAUAUUGAUGAUGCCAUUUUUUGUUUUCGACAAUCAUUUUGCUUUAACGCUUCAGCAGUUUAUACUACAACGUACAAAAUGUAAAUGAAACAUAAAUUCUGACCUUGAUUAACGAAAAAAAAUAUAUCUAAAGUUAUGAGUCCGAUAUUUAAUGUUUUAAACAGCUAAAGAUUUCACCUUUGCCUACCCGUAGAAAUGUUCCAUAUUUUGUUUUACUUCAUUUUCUAGCUUAAGCAUAUUUUAAGUUGCCUUUUACGUGGCAAAAUUCCAAAAUGGCCGAUAUCUGGUCUUGAAAUAUACACCGAUGUACCUGUACAUUGAUUGAUGUUUCUUAUUUUUUCUUCAUUUUCUUUGUUUAUUCCAUAGAGGUUUAAAGUGUUUGUAAUAUAUUGCUCUCAAAUUUUAUUACGUUGGUUUUUAUUUAUAUCAUAUUUUAUUGUACGUUACUAGCGUUAUAUCAUCUAUUAUAGUCUAUGUUUGGUGUGAAAGGAUAUUUAACACUGCUGUUAUAUCCCCAAGCUCUGUUGUAGCUAUUACAAAUGUACAUAUCACUCAGCAGCUAUUCAGAAAUUUAGCGUUUGUUAGGUAUUUCUCCUUUGCUACUGAAGGAUGUUUUGCCUAGAACACUUUAAGAAGAUGACAAUGUAUUUAAAUUGAAUAAUGAAUAAAGCAAUAUGCCAUUUUGUUCAUUUUCAUCAAAUUCAAGUAUACUUUGGUAUGUAAUUGUCAUCCUUUGUUAAUUUGAUAAUAGAAAGUACAAACAUAUUGAUAAGUUAUUCUAAUUAAUAUAUUCAAUGCUAUAUAUAUAUAUAUUUAUAUAUGGUAUGCGAAGUUCGUAUGGUUAUAUCAAUGAUAUAUAUUGAUAUUUAUUGUCGGAAUCAUGUAAUUUUAAAAUCCAAUUACAUCUUUAUUUCUGACAUCAAUCGUCGUGUCUGUUAGAUAAAUGAUCGGCUAUGACCAGGUGAAGUUUAAAAGAUGUAAAUCAUUGUUUAUUCAAUAAUAUUAACAAAAACAAUUUGUGUACAGGUGAAAUGUUAUUUGCGUAACUUUGCAUUCCCUUAGCAACAUACUAUCACCAUAUUGUUGAAAGUUAAUAUAAAUUCAGAAUUAA